CUUGCAAGUAUUCCAUAUCUUGACAUUCUUUACAGGCCGCGAGAAUAAAAAUGCAGUAGAAGGUGUAGAAAAGGAGCCUAACAUUGAAGAAGCUAGGCUACAAUUGGCACGAUUUACACACUCUCAAGUGAAGGACAUGACAAGAGAUUUUCAAAGAAUACUUGGUGAAGGUGGCUAUGGGAUUGUUUACUAUGGCCGAUUAAGUGAUGACAAUCGAGAAGUCGCGGUCAAGGUGCUCUCUAAGAACGAUGCCCCGAUGCAAUUUAGCAAUGAGAUCAAAGUGUUGGGAAGAAUAUAUCACAAGAACUUGGUUUCGUUGAUUGGAUACUCUGAAGAAGGGAGGAGCAACUUGGCACUUAUUUACGAGUACAUGUCUAAAGGAGACCUGAAAGCUCUUCUCUCUGGUGCUGUUAUAAGCUGGAAAACAAGACUUGCAAUUGCCUUAGACACAGCUCAAGGAUUGGAGUACUUGCACACUGGUUGCAGCCCAUCCAUAAUUCAUAGAGAUGUGAAGCCGGCGAAUAUUCUCCUGAAUCAAAAUCUGCAGGCAAAAGUGGCUGAUUUUGGUUUCUCUAAAAUCUUCCCAGCGGAAUUUGUCUCAAACUUAGAGACGACAAGGGUCAUUGGGACACCAGGUUAUGUUGAUCCUCAGUACCAUCUGACAGGACAAGUGAACGAGAAAAGCGAUGUUUACAGUUUCGGGGUGAUCAUGCUAGAGCUCAUCACGGGGCAAAAAGCAAUAAUAUACAAUACAAACGUUAAUUUGGUUCAAUGGGUAACACCUAUCUAUGAAAGAGGGGACAUAGGCAGUAUAUUGGACCCAAGACUACGGCUAGAGAUCGGUGAAAACUACAACACUGUUUGGAGAGUAACAGAACUAGCUAAGAAAUGUGUUGAGUUAGUUGCAACACAUAGGCCAACAAUGACUUACAUUGUUGCGGAGUUGAGGGAGUGCUUAGCUAUGGAGAAUGCAGAUGCCGAAAUUUCAAGCUCAGCUACUACCUCAAUGGAGAUCAUGACUUCUGCGGUUUCAACAACUUCAUGGAGUCCACAACCGCGGUAG